AUGGCUGUGCAGAGGAGCUGUCUGUGGGAUGGUUUUUUCGGGCGGUCCUUGGCUCACGGCGGCAGGUCGGCUGGCGUGGCGCGAGGCAGGCGUGCACGGGGUUCCCGCUGCGGUCGCUUGGCUCUGCCGGCCAGUUUCCCUUGCAAAGUGAAUGGCCUGAGACUGGGUUUGACAUAUCUCAUCCUGUCAGCGAUGAUGAAAGCUCAGGAGAUUGGGAAACUUCUUGAUUCAUCCCUUGGCCGCAUGACUUCAUGGCUGGCCGACCUCGUGUCAUCGUGGCCGCAGCGCCUCUGGACGCUCGGCCCACAAAACGUUGCUAAAAUAGUUUGUGGCUGUAAGUGUUGCAAAAUAAAAGCACUAAGGGCCAAGACAAAUACUUACAUUAAGACCCCUGUUCGUGGAGAAGAACCCAUCUUUGUUGUCACCGGACGAAAAGAGGACGUAGCCAUGGCCAAAAGGGAAAUUCUCUCAGCUGCUGAACACUUCUCCAUGAUCAGAGCGUCACGCAACAAGAACGGUCCUGCCCUGGGAGGCUUGCCAUGUACUCCCAACCUGCCAGGUCAGACGACAGUCCAAGUCAGGGUGCCUUACCGUGUAGUUGGGCUAGUGGUUGGACCGAAAGGAGCUACAAUCAAAAGAAUUCAGCAGCAGACCCAUACCUACAUAGUCACUCCCAGCAGAGACAAGGAGCCCGUCUUCGAAGUCACGGGAAUGCCCGAAAACGUCGACCGUGCGCGCGAGGAGAUCGAGAUGCAUAUAGCCAUGCGUACCGGGAACUACAUCGAGCUGAACGAAGAGAACGAUUUCCAUUACAACGGUACGGAUGUGAGCUUUGAAGGAGGCACUCUCGGAUCUGCGUGGCUUGCUUCUAAUCCUGUCCCUCCUAGCCGCACCAGAAUGAUUUCUAAUUAUAGAAAUGACAGCUCCAGCUCCUUGGGAAGUGGCUCCACAGAUUCCUAUUUUGGAAGCAAUAGAUUGGCUGACUUCAGCCCAACGAGUCCGUUCAGCACAGGCAACUUCUGGUUUGGAGAAACGCUGCCUUCGGUGGGCACGGAAGACCUUGCGGUCGACUCUCCAGCGUACGACUCCUUACCAACGCCUUCCCAAACCAUUUGGACCCCUUUUGAACGUGUAAACCCGCUCCCUGGCUUUGGUAGCGACCCUGCUAGUAAUGCCAAGCCUCAGCGCCGAGGGAGCCAGCCAUCUACUCCUCGUCUGUCACCCACGUUUCCCGAAGGUCUGGAUCACCCGCUGGCUAGGAGAGUGAGGAGCGACCCACCUAGCACCGGUCACCAAGCCGGCCUUCCCAUAUACAUCCCCGCUUUCUCCAAUGGUACCAACAGCUAUUCCUCUUCCAACGGCGGCUCCACGUCCAGCUCGCCCCCCGAGUCGAGACGGAAGCACGACUGCGUGAUCUGCUUCGAGAGCGAAGUCAUUGCGGCCCUGGUCCCCUGCGGCCACAAUCUCUUCUGCAUGGAGUGUGCCAACAAAAUCUGUGAAAAGGAAAUGCCAUCGUGUCCCGUUUGCCAGACAGCUGUUACUCAGGCAAUCCAAAUUCACUCUUAA